CUACAAUACAAAAAAUCCUAACCAAGCACAAUAAUUCCAGAUGCCUGUGACUUCUGCAGAGUUUAGUUGAUAAGAGCUUAUGGUAGAAGAUGGAGUUUCUUGGAACGACUCAGACUGCCAGUUACUGCAGUCCCAGAAAAUCUUAUUUGUCUGAGUUGCCUCCUGCUACUAUCACUCAGGAGAGUUACCAACCUUACCAUUUGCCAGGAUACCGACAACCUAACUCAUGGAAGCCUAAUGUAUGUUACAAAGUCUCCGCCAACCAGAGCUGUCCUGCUGAGGGGACCAGAGGCCGGAGUUCCUUGAGGCCUCCCACUAUCCUGCCUGCCCUGCGCACUGCCCUGUUCUCCCGGUAUAGUCACCACGACUGGGAUCAGUCAAACAUGGCCCAGUUGCGUGGGGCUGAAACCUGUCGGCAGUGGGCCAACAGGAUGACAGCUGAUUCUAUGAGGUUGAUGCAGGACAAAGGCCAGUUGACUGAACAGAUGCAGGACGGCACCUGCAGAAACCUGUGCCAACGGCUAUCUGAUAUUGGCUUCUGGAAAUCAGAGUUGACCUAUGAACUAGACAGGUUAUUGAAUGAGAGCCAUGCACUGAGCACUGUCAAGAAGCGACUAGUGUGUGCAGCCGACGAGUUAGAAAAUCCAUUGCAGGUGGCCCUCGAAUGUUUGUACCAUCGUGAAAAGCGGAUAGGUGUCGAUUUAGUCCAUGACAUUGUUGAAAAAAACCUUAUCCAGGAGGUUGAUUUGCUAAAAUGUUGUCAAGAUCAAAUAAAAAAACUUGUAGAAAGAUGUGAUGCUCAGCUGCGGGAUAACCGAGAUGCCCAACAUGCACUGGAGAAGGACUUAGCUGAUAAAAAUUCUGCACAGUUUAUUGAAGAGAAGUGCUUCAACCUGAGAAACACAUCAGAUGCUAUCACCUUCUUCCAUGGAGUAGAGAAAGUAGAUGACGCGGUCUCAGUACCUGAGACAUUGGCCAAGUUUAGUGAUGAUAACAUUAAGCAUUCUCAAAAUAUGAGAGCCAACUCCAUCCGGCUUCGGGAAGAAGCUGAGAGACUACUGGAAGCCUCAUCAGAUCAAAUAUGGAAGCAGUAUACUAAUACCAACCUGGCUUUCAGCUCCCGAAUUUCUGAGGUGACAGAUGUGAAAAAUAAACUUCAGCUGCAACUGGCAAAGACACUGCAGCAAAUCUUUCAGACUGAGAAUACCAUCAUGCUUUUGGAGAGGGCCAUCAUGGCCAAGGAGUGUCCAUUGAAGGUGGCUCAGACGAGGCUACAUCACAGGACCCGGCGCCCUAACGUGGAACUCUGUCGGGAUGUCCCUCAUUGCAAGCUAGUGAAUGAGACUUUCACCAUCGAUGACACUUUGAAGACGCUGAAGAUGCGGCUGUGUGAGGCGCAGGAUACCCUGCACCUUCUGGUCCUCACCAAGACCCGUUUGGAACAUGAUGUUUCUGUCAAGGCCAACUCUCUUUUCCUCGACAAGGAAAAAUGUAUGGCAAUGCGAAAGACCUUUCCCAGCACCCCUCGCCUAGUGGGUUAUACUUGAAUCUCUGAGCCCCACUGUACUCCUAACUUGCUCUUCCUUCUCCCUUCCUCACUGCGCACGGAUAGCAGUCCACUCCUUGUUUCACCUGUUAAAUAUGUGACAAAAAGUUGGAAAUCAGAAAAAAGAAAUCUGCACUUACUCCCUUUUUACCAUUAUAAAAAAUAUUUAUAAAGUCAAAUAAAUAUACGAAAACCACA